AUGUCUCAAAUUGUGGCUGUGAGAAUCUCUUCGAUCUGCGAAGAAGUCGGCAGUUCGAGCUAUUGUGACAAUCUAGUUCAAGUUCUCCACGAAAUUCUCUCUCAACAAAAACUUGACUCCUUCCAGGACAUCUUGUGCUACGGCCUGGGAAGUGUUGAAAACUUCGCAAACUCAAAAUACCAGUUCGGACUUCUAGUCAGCUUGAAAGAACACUUCAACACCAAAGUCCAAAUCUACGAUCCUAACUUCAGAGCAGACGAUUUGACGUUGUUUGAACAUUACGAUUUCGAAGUGAUUGAGGAGAACGAGUUUGGUAAGAGAUCAAUCGAUAGUGCAACCCUAGUUUACCUUCCGCAUUGUCCGCACGAAUUGUUGAACAAUUUUCUGUGGAAAAAUUGGGACAUCACUAGUUUGAGAAAGUGUGUGAUAUUUGGUAACAGUAUAGGACAUUUCAUUGAUAACACGCCGGUAAAAACGAAAGAAACAUUCAAGUAUAUCUGUAGGGUGCAGUGUUUGGUUAAGGAAGUUUCUCUUGAAAAUCAAUUUAAAUUCUCCGACGUUUUCAACGACUUAUCGGUGCAUUGCAUCAGUGAGGAAAACGCCACCGAUGAACUAGAGUGCAAUUUUUUCGAUUUUGACGAAGAGCCAAACUACGAUACCCUACCAGUAGAGUACAGGAAAACUCUGAGCUAA